AUGGAUCAGGCACGUAUCUCGGAGCUCAAUCCAGAGCUGCCAGCGAUCGAAUCGAAGCAGUUCCGAGCGACAGUCACGUUAAUAUGGCCGUAUUCAUCAUCGGCGCAACAGUUCGCCUUGCUGCUUGCUGAGCCUGAUCUUCGCUUACGGCGCAAGAACGGACAAGUCAGAGCGCGCUUUUCUGGAGCCAGUGCGAAGGCUUUUGCGACAACAGGCGUGGGAAUUGGAGACGAGGUGGUACUAAGCCUACGCGGCGCUGAGUUCGUCAAGGAAGGCGUCAUCAGCACACCAGGCAAGAGCAUCGAAUGGGAGCUAUCAUAUGCGCGGACCGUGGUAGUCCAGGUCUAUCGCAAUGGAACCGAAAGCGCAAACCUCGAACUCGUCGAUGCCACGCCUACGCCUGCGCCCGGAUCGCCUGCUCGUCGGCAGUCUGCAGCCAGUCCGCCGUCUGCCCUCGAAUUCUCCUCUCCUGCUUUUCUCAAGCGGGCACGACUAUCCGAUGGCCCGUCCUUCCGAGCGCCUUAUGAUCCUUUGGCGGACGAGACGGAAGACGGACAUGACAAAAAGCGGCGUAGGAAGUCGUACAGGGACUGGAAGGCGUGGACAUACAGUGCAAGGACACCGUCGCCAGAGAAGGAAGAUGUGACUAUAGAAGAUGAGCUCGAGUCUGUUGAAGCGUCACCCAGUCGGACAAAGCAACUUCCUCGCACUCCCGUCUCUCCUCAACAACCAGAAAUGCUGUCCGUUGCAGCUGGGCGCUUGGACACCCAGGAGGACGAGACAACCGAGCCUGAUACCCCAACGGACGAAGGGGCAAGAACUGUGCACGAAUCGUUUGCCAUGUCCAAAAAGGACGCCGAUAAUUACGACCUUUACGCUGGGCCUGACGAACAUCCACCGUCAGAUGCACAAUACGCGUUUGGAGGCGACACAGAGAUUGAUACCGAACUUAACACCGAGGAAGAAGGCGCUAUACAUGAUGAGGCCAACAGAGAUAGCACGAGCACCACAGAGGCAGAUACCGAAGAGCAAGAAGGUGGACAACUGGAGCGCGUUGAUGAGGACGUGGUCGAGUUCGAGGCGUUCGCAAGUGUACACGCAGUCGCAAGAAAGGAACCAUCGAGUACAACACAGGAGCAAAGCUCUUUAGAAGUCGUGGAAGUACCACCGGAAACAGAGCCUGGCCUGGUUACUGGCGCAAACAGGCAUGUCAAGAAUGAGCUUGCGAUAGCUAUGCCUCCUCCCACGCUGUCUACCUUUCCAGCUAUCACUGCAGGCUUGUUGACCCCUAUCGGCCGAGAGCCUGCAAGUCCAAAGCUUGCGCCACAAGACGCAUCCAACCUCCCAAUCCCGUCACCAUUUCCAGGAGAGCAGGAUACAAACUCUAGUUCCUACUUCGGCCAUACUACUACUGGCGAACGGCUGGUGGGAGACGAUGCUGUGGCGGAAGGGGAACAAGAAGUACCAAGCGAAGCAAGCGAUAUCGGCGAGACUUCCUUCUUCAGCUCAAUAGGCUCAUCGAGAGCUUUGAACCAUGAGUCAGCCUUCACACCUGUGCGAUUUACAUUCGGCAUGGACGCUGCUGGCUUUUCGCGUCCCAUGGAGCUAUCGUCGCCUCCACCAGAGGCCCAGCCAAUCGAAGAACAAGAUUCAAGAAUCGAAGCUCCAUCCUCGCUCACCUCGCAGGAAGGCCUCGAUGGUGUUGCAGAAGCGGAAGACAUAUCUAAAUUGCCCCAGAGCACACCGGAGGGCAAGAAAUCAGAUGAAGAUGUGGAGAAUUUGGCUACCACCAAUUCCCAAGUCGCUGUAGAGAAACCAGGCGAGCCGGAAGUGAUAGAACUUUCGGAGGAGGACGAAGAAGAUGGUGUGAGUGAGACCGAGAUGGAUUCAAUGACAGCUGAACAAAUGAUGCAAUCGUUCGUUGCUGAACAGUCUGAAGGAGACUCCAGUACAGCAGACGACCUGCAAUCUGUAAGCGAAACUCUCAAGGAAACCGAUCAUCAAGAACUACCUACAGGCGCGCUACCUUCAACAGCCACGUCAGCCAUUGCUGAUUUAGACUCCCCCUCGCACGACAACAGCGAAGCCGACUCCAGCCACGAACAGCAGCAGCUUCAAUCUAGCCGACGCAGCUCCCCUACUCAGGACCAGUCCCCUACCAUGGAUGUUGAUAGCCAUAGUGAGUUUGUAAACCUGGAUUUUGCGACCAAAGACGCACAUACCCUUGACACAACAGUGGAGCAAACAGUCACUCACACUCAAUCUCAGGAACUGGAACCUGAUGCAGUACCACGUCAAAUGCAGGAACCUUUUUCUCCCGUUGGCCAUCCGCCAGAAUCUAUCUUCGAGGCUACUGAUGACUACCUACAAGACGCUUUCCCGAUGGAGCAUGCGUCAUUUGACCAGGAGCAUGAGCAGGUAGCUGGCCUUGAGCAGGAUCGUCAGUCAAAUAUCAAAGUGGAAUCAAUAGAAGAGGUCUCCAUAUUACAGUCGAACGAAUUCAAUACUCAACCAGCAUCUGAACAUAGCGCCCAAGCAGCUACUGAGUCUGCAAGCCAACAUAAUUCCACAGCGCCUGAGGAUGACCAGAAAGUAGGAAGCAUGGAUGCUGUACCUGAACCGCCUGCAAGAAAUACCAGAUCGAAAGCAAAGACUGCAGCGUCACCAAAGAAAAAAGAAGCAUCUAUCUCCAAGCCCAAUACACGAUCUAAGGGAUCUGUGACUUCCAUCGCACGCUCAGUCGCUUCACCACCUAGGACACGCACCCGUUCCGCCUUGUCCCCAUCACAGGAAUCUACACAGACGUCUCCUUAUAGUCUUCGCUCACAAUCGAGGCAGUUUUCCCCAGCGGAAAGUUUUUCGACUGGUGCUACUGUGACUCUUCAGAAAAGCCCGCGCAAACAUGCUUCGCAAAGGAGUGUCGACUCGAAAUCUGAUUUUGGUAGCUUUCAAACUCAGAACCAUGACCGGAUUGUUUCCAGCUUCCAGCCGUCACAAGAAUUGGGUGCCUCACAGAGCAGAUACUUUGACGUGGCUUUUGUGAAAGACUCUGAAGAAGAAAGUGUUCGGUCUGAGCACUCCAUAUCUACUGUGCAUCCCCCCAGCGAUACGGAAUACAGGCGCCACAGCGACCCUGUUGAUCGUGCUAUUAUUGAGGACGAAGACGAUGAGGACAUAAAGCCGCCAUCCGCAACUGCGCCAGAGCUAAGAAGGCCAAGCCGAAAGACGAGGGGGAAGAAAUCGGACCCGCCAGUGAUCGUAGAGGUAGAUACUGGUAGUCCUGCUCGACCUGGCUCUUCGUACGUCACACAGCUGUUACACAGCAGUCCAGGUAUGCAACAACGUGUAGCACGAUCGAAGGAAGCCUUAAACCCCAGCCCACGCAACGUGCGGAGAACGAGGAGAAAAGUAUACGAGAUUGAUGAAUCUGCAACGCCAGAAGCCAGUCAGAAAGUGGAUGAGCAGACAUCGUUCGGUGAAGGUGAAGGCAGUCAGGGCACGGUCGAUAUGGACGAGCUUAUGCGCAGCUCACCACCUGCAUAUCCUAAGACCGAUCAACGAAUAGUUAAGCAGAGUAAGAAGCUCAUCACUCCGAACGCAACGCAGCAAACUGCCAUGGAGUCGCAGCCUAGUUCCGGUACCCAUCAUGGACAGGAUACGCUGAUGACACCUCAACUGACGCAAACCACGUCUGCGGGUCUGCGCUCAUUCCAAGACGACAAUGAAGCCAACACAGAAGCCAUUGCCGCGUCACACAAACCCCAAACUACUGCCGUAUCUUCAACACUGAUCGAUCCGUCCUCAGACGACGUCGACUCCAACACGCCCCAAGAACCCUCAGUUGGCCUAUCUACGCCAUUGGCCUAUUACACCCCCCUCAAGGAUCUCCUCUACUUCCUCAACCGCUCCUCUCAGUUCCACUCGGCCGCUAAUCCCGACAUCCUUGCUCUUGUUACCUCCCCCACGACACCAAAUGAAAAAGCCAAAAAGGGACCAAAACACUGGUUCACCACCUUGCAGAUAACCGAUGCUAGCUCUUGGCCUCAGACAAGCACAGUACAGAUCUUCCGCGCUCAUCAGACUGCGCUUCCGGAAGCGCAGGUUGGCGAUGUGAUUCUACUUCGCGCAUUCGCUGUCAAGUCGUUGAACAGGCAUCCCACGCUCGUCAGCGCGGAUGAAAGUGCGUGGUGUGUGUGGCGCUGGGGCAAACCUAUUUGGGGCACGAAGAAAGGUGCAUUUGGCGAGCUAAGGGCGAGGGAGGAGACUAAAGGGCCGGCUGUUGAGAGAGGAGAGGGGGAGUGGCGCGAGGUGGAAAAGUUGAGGGAAUGGUAUACGGCGAAGGUGCAAAAGGAGUUGGCGGAUAAAGAGGAAGGGAGGGUCAAGACGAGGAGUAAGGAUAAAGGAAAGGAGGCGGCGGAUGUAGAUGCGUGA